CUUUUGUACAGCCACUUAAUAGAUCACCAGUGAAGUCUCACCCUGCCUCGCAGCAAAAUCUACGAGAGAAAAGACGGAAAUUUCUGUCUUCAAAUGCCAUGAUAUCUAGGCAGAUCUUGCAAAAAUAACCUACUUGUACCCAUUAGCUUUUGGUUAAAGUGAAAGUGGAUUUAUCUGUCAAAACUUAGCGCAUGAGAGGAAACAAAUCAAGGUGGAAUGGUGGUGGUCCAUCAACUCACGCCUUGUAAUGCCCCUCCUGGAUUGGUACUGACAGAAGACAUUUGAUACUGUUCAUGUUAUGUGUCAGCCAAGGACACAGUUCUGAUGAAUCACAUUCAACAUGUGUUUGUAAAGUGAGUGCAAGCUUAAGUGUUUGGUUGACUCACAGGUCUUGUGUAAACUACAAAGAAACAGUUAUUAAGUUUUAUAACUGGCUUCUGGAAUAAAAUUCAUCUAGAUUUUGGUAAUUGGACACUUGCUUGUGAUUGAUGAUCGUUGGUCCUUAACUAUCAAGCAAGAUGAGUGCAUCAGGAAAAAGUGACAAGCAGAGUGCUACACCAGAAAGCACUAAGAAACAAGUAACUGUGAAAGUGUCUGAUAACAACAUCAAAAACACAGGCAAGAAGAAGCCGAGAUCAGCGCAUCCAGAUGUGGACCUAAGUAAGGAAUUUGCUCGAUGUAAGGAACGAGGAGAUACAAGAUUGGAUUUGAGCAAACAAUCAAUCCCUUCUCUGCCCAGUUCCCUGAAAGAGUUGACACAGUUAAGAGAGUUAUAUCUAUACGGCAAUCGUUUGUGUAGCCUGCCCGCUGAGACUGGUCACUUGUGUAACCUUGAACAGCUAGCAUUGAAUGAGAAUUCACUGACUACAUUACCCACAGAACUCAGCAAAUUACAUAAACUCAGAGUGCUGGAUCUCAGGCAUAACAAACUAAAAGAAAUUCCAGAGGUUGUACACUCAUUGUUUUCCUUGACAACCUUGUUCUUGAGGUUUAAUCGCAUCACUCAUGUUGGAGAAGGUCUUCAGAACCUCACAAAACUGACCAUGCUCAGUCUGAGAGAGAACAAAAUCCGAGCCCUGCCCAAGGGCAUUGGUAUGUUGGUGCAUCUCAUUACAUUUGACGUCUCACACAAUCAUCUGGAACACUUGCCUGAAGAGAUUGGUAACUGUGUGCAGUUGUCAUCAUUAGACCUCCAGCACAAUGAACUGCUAGACUUGCCACAGUCCAUUGGUCAUCUCAGAGCUUUAAGCAGACUAGGGCUAAGGUAUAAUCAGCUAACAGGUGUCCCACAAACUCUGAGCCAGUGUACAGAAUUGGAAGAACUGAAUGUUGAAGGCAACAAUAUAGCAACACUACCGGAGGGGCUUCUGUGCAGUCUUAGUAAUCUCACCAGUCUGUGUUUAUCAAGAAACAACUUCACAUCAUACCCUGUAGGAGGGCCACAACAGUUUGCUACAGUCUAUUCAAUAAACAUGGAGCAUAACCAGAUCAACAAGAUUCCAUUUGGUAUCUUCAGUUGCGCCCGUUACGUCACCAAACUCAACAUGAAAGAUAACAAACUCAUGGCCUUACCAUUAGAUGUUGGUAGUUGGAUAACCAUGGUUGAGCUAAAUCUUGGAACCAAUCAAUUAACCAAACUUCCUGAAGACAUCCAGCACCUGACAUCACUGGAAGUACUUAUACUCAGUAACAACUUUCUCAAGAAACUCCCUCGAGGUAUUGGCUGCCUGACCAAGUUGAGGGUUUUGGACCUCGAGGAGAAUAAAUUGGAGUCACUGCCCUCUGAGAUAGGAAAUCUGAAGGAACUUCAAAAAUUAGUGGUGCAAUCAAAUCAACUUGUGAACUUGCCAAGGGGGAUUGGGCGGUUGACCAACUUGACUAAUCUUGGAGUUGGAGAAAACAAUCUCAAUUCUCUGCCAGAAGAAAUAGGAACGUUGGAGUUAUUGGAGCAGUUAUACUUGAAUGACAACCCUAAACUGAAUGCACUGCCCUAUGAGUUAGCCCUGUGCAGUUCAUUACAAAUCAUGAGUAUUGAGAAUUGUCCACUAGCUAACAUCCCUCCAGAGGUAACUGCAGGAGGACCAUCAUUGGUCAUUCAUUUCCUGAAGAUGCAAGGACCAUACCGGAAUAUGGUGAACACUUGAGACUUAUUCAUAUUCAGGGACCACGUUGUCACAUGUAAGCCAUGGAGAUUGUUAAUACAUAUUCAAGGGCCAUCCUACAAGCAGCCUAUGACAUUUUAAUGCAGAUACCAGAGAAACAUGAAUAACAUUCUGGAAUCUGCAGUUCUUCAAUGUGGUGCUCUGUUGAGACACCCAAUUGUACAUACCCAGUUAUCCAGGGCCACAGGCGAGAAUGUAAGACUCACCAAAUAUACAAAUUUUGUACAGAAAGCAGAUAAUUAAUGUGUGUGUCUGUAAUAAAUUGAUACCAUCAGAACCGCCAUUGUGUUAUGUCUGUGAUACAUUGUGUUGCCAUGGUAAUGCUAACCAGAUACCGUACUGCCCAGUCACAUCUUCUUGUCUUUCCAUGUCUUUUUCCAAUGAGCUGUUAUCACUUCGUAUAACUUACUGCUCACAGCACCAUGUUCACACACAAGACCCAAGACUUCACACGUUACUGUGGAUUCCUGUCAGCAAAAUGGCUACAUACGCUACAUACUAAGAAAUGUAAUCGGUGCUUAAACUUGAAAGAAGUUGGUGAAUUUGCCAGAAAACUCACAGUCAUCUAACCUCUUUGCAUGGUGUCUGUACUUUGUAUUGUGUCGGUGAUUCUUUGAAAGGCUGCGUCUGAAUCACUUGGCUGUGGCUAGAAAAUACACACAAAUUUAUGGAAACUGGCUGUGGCCACUACCAUAGACUUGUGUGUAAUCUCUACCCGCAGCCAAGUAAUUCAGACAUGGCCAAAAGUACCAGUUGUUAGCCUGUUUUGAAUGGUUUACAGUGGGGGGGGGCAUUUGUAUUUACAAUGUGAAAGCUUUGUACUUCUUAGAGUUGAUUUUUUUUUUCUUUUUGUCAAUGCUGAUAUCAUCAAGGGGCUCCUAACCAAGUCAGAGUCACUUUGUCUGCAAGGUUGCAUAAGUCAACCAGACCAGAUCAUCUCAGACAGGUCAUCUUGACUGUGGCGUGCAGCACCAGUGGUUAUGUGGAUGUAGUGGUAUGAACCAAAGUAUAAAUGACCAAUCAAUUAUUGACUCUUCUCUUGUCAGGCUUGCCCAUUUAACCACUUGACGCUGGAUGACAUGUAAACACACAUGAUAUUCCUUAUUUGUUCCAUGGAGGAUGUGUAUGCUUCUGUUUUCAUUUCCGUGGUUGACAUUUUCAUGCGUCAUGCUUGGUUGGAGCAAAGCACAAUUGCUAGGUUGAAGAAUUUGUAGGUUAAAAAACCUGCCCCCAGCAGCUUUUCUAGGCAAAAAAAUCCAACGCUAACUGGCUAUCCAGGGGGUACCUCAGUGCUGUUGGGAUUGUCAUUAUCAUCAUAAGUACACUUGCUUCUAUGUAAACCUCUGAAUUUGUCUUUCAUUUGUACAAAUGAAUGGUACUAUUUGUUCAUCAGGUAGAAAGCUACGUGUGUUUGUAACCAGUAAGUUUCCUUUGCAUUUGUGUAGUAUCCUCAUACCGAUGUAUUUGCAGAAAAAGCAAGCGAGUCUGAGAUUUCCAACAACCUACAACAAAAUAUCUGCUACUUCCAUAGAAAACGCAAUGGGCAGAAGUACCUAGCUUGUGUGUCGAAUUCACCGCUAUCCCAUUUUGAUGAAAAAAACUAUAAAGAGAUCAAAUGAAGUUGUGUAAGUGGAACAUAGGAUGUAAUAAAUCUGUUACUUGGACAUUGUCAAUACAUGUAGGUACCAUGAAAUGGGUGGUGUUUAACAAGCUUGUAUGUAUGGAAGAUUGCCAACCAAAGGCCACUCCAGAACCUUUUUGUCGAAAAGAAGUAAGCAGAUCUCUUUCAUUGGGUGGCUUGGUGUUUGCUGAAUAAAAAGUUAGACGUCGUUAAUUUCAACUUGUCGCAUUUCCUAAUUGAGAACAACUCAUCAUCGGUUCAUGGUUUCCAAUUUAUUACCAAUGUGAAAGACAGAUUCUGAUAACUCAGUCUGCAUGCCAGUAGUGUUGAUUUUAUUGUCUACAGUUCUACUGAUGUCUGUUAGAACGGUACAUUGGCUGUGUUACAGAUUUCUCCAGUGUUCAUGCUUAGUUGAGGAAGUAGAUAAAAUGAAAGCCGGGCAGCAUCCUGUAACUAUCCUCUGUUUGAAUCCAGAACUAUUUGGCCAUGCCUAUGGAAUUAAGUACAUGUAUUUGAUACCUCGCACAUAGCCAAAUUCUUACGUAAGCUAUUACAGGUCCAUAUACUGAUGAUGUUAUGGUUGUAAGGCCGUAUUCUCAGGUUUGGACGACAGCUUCAAAGCGCCACGGCAAAGUGUCCAUGACUGUAAGCAGUGUGAUUUCACCAGUAUGGUGCACAGCCAUAAACCACAAAGUACCUUUUUUGCAGAAGAUAGAAAUUACGAUACCCUUUUCACAAUGUACUGUAUAAUGUCUAGCUGUAUUAAAGCAAAAAAUAAAUAAACAAACUACCUUGAAGUGUCUGGUUAAUGUACCUAAACACUUCUCUUUUGAGAUUAUAUUCUUGGAAGAACUAACAGAUAUUGGUUCACUUCAUUAUCUUCGGUGGUUGAAUUGAGACCGUAAGGAUUGUUACCCACGUUUUUGUAUGCCCUUUAUAAACCUGCCAGACUGAAUACAUUCGUUGUGUAAAUUAAUGUGCAUUUUUAUAUGUCGCCACAGCUAUAAAGGUGUGAUGUGUGUACAUUGUAGCUUUCAGUCUUUGUGAUGACAUAGUCUCGGUAAUCUCCAAAUGAAGCGUCGGAUUCAGUGUAACAUAGAGUGACAUUUUUAAAACAUAUUUGUAAAUUUGUAUCAGCUUUUAGAGCUUUGUUUUUCUACUAAAGGCUGUGAUUUUGUACAUGGGAUCAUGAUACGUUCAUGUUUGAUCAGACACGGACUUGUGUUGGUGCUUUACUAUCUUUACUAUCAAUUAGAUAUGGAGCGGUUGUAUAAAGUAAACGGAAACAAAACAUGUAGACUAAAACACCGCUAGUGUACUACUAACUUGACUGUGUUUUGAACAGGUAUUUCAUGCCUCCCUAAAUCCACCAUUGCCAAUAAAUAAAUCAAAUGGAAUAUUCCUGUCUAACAGCAACUUGAUGCUAAAUUUAUAAGACUAUGAAUAUGGAAUAUGAUUGCUUCAGUGUAAAUCUUGCAGAACAAGUCAUCGCAAGUGGUAUUUGGACUAAAGUAAAGGGAACAUUUUAAUUUGGAUAGAAUUCGGGAAAAUGAUUUUCACAAUACUUCUAUGAUGUGGAAUAUCUUGAUGCAUGUAGGUCGACCAAGGCUAAAACGAAGCCCGUUUGCCAGUUCAUGGAUUCAUUGUUCCAUUGUUGGUUAUAUUAAAGCGGAACGUAUCAGUAUAACAUACGAGGGUAAUAAACGGCUGGAAAGAAAUUUUCGUUCAAGCUGGUGACAUCUUGUCCCAAAUGCAGCAAAAGGGUCCUGGUUAGUGCCGAAUCAAUGGCCUUAAUUAAAACCUCGAAUCUGAUGUUUUCUGCUGACUUCAGUUCACAUCAACAAUAUUGGACAUGGUAUGACUGAGUGGUAUGAUUGAAGCUGAGGCAACAUAGUUUUAGUCCAUAGACCUAUUUAUAUUCAUUUUCUGUGUAUACGAAAUAGCCUGUGAUUAAAACGUUGAUAUUUGAAUUGGCGAACUUGCAAAUGGUUGUCACCUCGUUCCCUGAGGCUAUGAAGAAUUCUAAGUUCUAUAUCAGUAGAAGGUGAAUAAACUAUAGGUCAAACCGGCAGUUCCCUGGAUUCCAA